GCACAUCAAAGCCCGCAUGUCUACCGGCGAUCACUUCUACAACCUUUUGUUCUCAUUCUGUUAUUUGAUUGGUGAAAUGCAGUAGGAAAUCCUCGUCGCGUGGUCCGAACAAUAAUCGGUCUAUGAUUGGCUUUUGUGUGACAAUAGGAAGCCUUUGUAAAUGGAUAAACACAGCAGACUAGUUUAAAAGGAAAUGAGAUGGUGUGUUUUUAAUACGUAGAAACAAGAGUUGACAACAGGAUAGAGUUUUAGUUACCCUUUCUGACGAAAUUACCAACCAUACAGGCAAACUAACGGAGGUACCUUCGCUUACGUUCAUGAGCAAAACAAGAUGGAGUUAGAAUUAAGAAUUGCCAUCGAGUUUAUCAUUUCAUUUGCUGUGAAAAAGUUUAAACUGAAAAACACGGAAGAGUUUGUCGAGAGCCUAGUUGCAUUACUUACGAAGAAAUUUGAAGGACAUUGGUACCCAGAACAUCCCAACAAAGGAAGCGCAUAUCGUUGUAUUUCUCUGUGUGAUCAACUGGAUAAUAUUCUUGUGAAAGCAGCCGAGGAAAGUGGCUUAGAUGUUAGAAUGUUGCAGUUAAGUUUACCUUCACGACUCGAUGUCUGGAUAGAUCCACGGGAGGUUUCUUACAGAAUAGGACAACAUGGCUCUUUGACGCAAAUUUAUCGCGAAGGGGAUGAUUAUGUGAAUUCAAUGUCAGAGUACGCAAAACCCGUUCUUGAAAAGAACAAGUAUCUAAAAACAGACAACAGCAUAACUGCGAAGCAGCCAGAAGAAGACAAGCCAGCUCAUGUAUCUGCAAGAAAUAGCCCCAGUGAUCGCGUGAAGGCAAGAGAUCCAAACAGGCUCUCGCCAACUGCAAAGUCGUUUGUAUCGAGAAGGUCACCCACGAUUCCUGUGCAUGUCCCGUACACGCAAACCGCUGUUACAACAGGAUACCCGCCAAAACCAAUCGCCAAUGUUGAUUACGCAAGAAAAGCAUAUUGGCAGCCGACACCGGUAUAUGCUCCUGUUGCAAGGAUGCAAGCACAUAAUUACAUGAUUGCCCAAGAAAUUGCACGCUUUGAAGCGCACUUAAAGGCACAGAGGAUCGCCCUACACGCACAAUACUACCAGACUCCAUUUCAGUAUAUGAAGCACCUUCCCGGCUACUACCCGCUUUCUCAAGCAAAAGUUCCUACUCAAAGCAACAGUAGUCUGCGAGUUCAGGUUGUUGCAUAAAUUGCUAUGUAUUUUUCAGAAGAGGUACUCUGAUUUAGUUUUACUGUGUAAAUAAAUAUAUAUGCUUCAUGGAGGCGGUCAUAAAUUUAGCAUUAAUUCAGAUGUAAAUUCAAAUCCUGCUAGGUUUUGGUAACUGCUGCACGGCUAUUCCCUGUGUUGAUUGAAACUGGUUUAAAACUGAGAUGAGAUACAUAUUUGUAGAUUUAGUAGACUAUAUGCAAGCAAAAGCAAAACAGAUUCAUUAAAAGCUAAAUAAAAUAAAAUUAAAUUGACCGUUUUAGUUCAGAUGCUCGUUUUUUGCUCGAUUUAAAAUAUUCUAGUGAAUUUAGUAAGGUAGGGUUAGGCCAUGAAAAUAGUCAAUUCAGUAUUUUCAUUGAAGGUCAAAUCCUCGAUUCCUCUAUCCAAUGCAUAAAUUAGCUGUAUAUUGCUGUCACUGGUAACCGUUAAUAAAUGCAUGCAAGAUGAAUAAUAUAUUCAUCAGCACUCUCAAAACCACAAAUAAAACAGUGACGUGAGAAAUCUUCAUCUAAAAGUGCGAUCGUGUUUUGUUAGAAACGUGGUUUUCUUAGAACAAACAUAUUGUCCAUAUAGCUCGAUUCAGCUUAUUUAUCCCUUUCCAUGUGACCUGAUAAAGACGACUAUCCUGCUCAGUUGAAGAUGAAUUGAAUUUGCCUAAUGAUGGUCACGUCAAUGUGGCGUGCAAUUUUUGUUUUGCUGAAUUUUUAAGACCUGGCUCUCUGAAAACUGUGCAAUUCCCCAAAUUUCACAGCUCCUCUUUUGGAAACUGUUUUUAAGGUAGCAUGCACCCCAACAACUCCUUCACCACAUCCCCUGAAUGACAUUUUCGACUCAGUUUGAUUCAAAUUUCGUAAGGAUAAGCCGUGUAGAUAUCACAUGUUUAACAUUUGAUAAAUAUUGUGAACACCUUGUAUAUGAAUGUAUAAAUCACAUAUUACAACUUCAAUGUAAAGCUAAACUCACAAGCUCAUCGUUUUUUUAUCGUCACGUAUCUUAACUUUUCAUGUAGAUUAAAGACAUUGAUUUUACGAGAGCAAGACAGUAUACUAACACAAAUAGUUUAGCAAUUUAACAUUAUUUCAUGUAACUUUAUGACUGUUUCAUCAUUCACUUUAUAAUUCGACUGCUGAAGAUAAUAUUUGUGAUGCUUGCUAGGAUGCAAUUGUUAAUUGAAAGGGUAAUUUAUUUUUUGGAUUUUAUUGCUGCCGUUUUGUAAAUUUAUUCUGUUUGACUAAAUAAUCUUUAAUGGAGCAUUUUAUUAAAUUUGUAAUGAUUUACUCGCAUUGUAAGCUAAGUUAAUUUCUAUAUGCAAAUGUAUAAACUAUAAUGGCUCACCUAAAGCAAAAUGCUUAUUAUGUAUCAUUAUUUUUACAGAAAGUUCUUGAAGUCCAGAA